AUGAGCUCCACGAUACAAUUGCAAGAGAGUGAAACACACGAAAAUAUUUAUCCAUCAUCAUCAGAUGAUGAUAAACAACACAUACUUCAAUCACGUUCAUUAUCAUUAUCAUCGUCUUCUUCUGAACAUCAUGAUCCUAUCAAAGAAAUAUUAUCAAAUCGUCGAAAUAUUAUUUUUGAUAAAGCACUUGGUCAAAUGUUAACACGACAUUUUUAUUUGAUUCAACAUGAAUUUUCAUUCUCAGAUCAGUUUGAAGGUUGGAUUUAUACAUAUAAUCGUCAUCGAUAUAAAAUCAUAAUUAGUUAUCGUUCAUCAUGUUCAUGUAAAAAAUUCCAACAAAAUAAUGUUUGUAAACACUUUCUCUUUGUACUCAAACGUAUUUUUAAUGUUGAUCUUAAUUCAUUUGAUCUUCGUCUUUCAAUUAUGGAAUAUCGUCGAUUUACUAAUAUUGAUUUAGAAUAUAUUUUUCAAGGACAAAGUCGACGACUUUGUCCGAUUGUUCCACCAUUAUCACAAUUAAAUAAAAAAAAACAACUACCUUUAACGUUUAAACGUCAGUCAAUUGAUUAUAAUGAUGUUUGUCCAAUCUGUUUUGAAUGCUUACUUAUGAAAGAUAGAAGAUUAGUAACAUGUUUUUAUUCAUGUGGUAAAUCAAUGCAUGAAAAUUGUAUGAAUGAAUGGAAACAUGUUAAAGGAAAAUCAACAAAUUGUCCACUUUGUCAAGCUCAUUGGAUAAAUGCAUCAACAGCGGGAAAAGCUGUAAUCGAUUAUUAUACAUGUCGUUCUUAUCCAAUUGAGAAACAUGAAAAAUAUAUUUUUUGUUGCUUAUACACUCCACCUGAUUGUUUCUAG